AUGGGGGGGCUGGGGCCUGCCACGGCCUUGGCGAGGAAGGCCAGGAGGGUGAUCGCCGAGCAGGUCAAGCAGCCCAGCAGCCCCGCGUCGGAGCUUGCACGAUCGACGUGCGCCUACCCAGCUCCGAAGUUGCUGAUGGAAGCCAGUCGGCUGCACGCGAAUCAGAGCAUCGGGGACGAUACGGCGACGUCCGCCUUCAAAGCCACAUCGGUAUCCUUCGAAAACCAUUUCAGCCAGCUGUUCGACGACGCGCUGCAGUGGAAGGACACCAUGCUACACAGCGUCGCCGACCACACAGACGGCGGGUUCAUGGGGAUCCAGCCUUUGUUCGCAGGCAUGGGCCCCUUCUUCACGGGGGCUUAUUCGUCGCUCCUGAAAUGGCCUACAGCAUCCGCACAGGAAAACGUCACUUUCUUCGUGGUCAACGUGCAGAACAGCUUUGAACUCCUCGAGAUCGGUAAGUACAUGAUCGUGGAGAUCUACUGGGCAUGCGCGGGGCCCACUUGCGCGAGGAUGGGAAACCUGCUGCUCGAGAGCAUCUCAAAGCGGGGGGCGUCUAAGCCAGACGAAGAGGAGGCUGCGGAUCAGGAACGUCUGGAGCAGACCGCUGCUGAGCUGAACACGCACGCUGCGGCGAUCGAUAUAUUCAUCGAUAGUUUGCCGCGUUUCUCCAAUACCCUGAAGGACCUCUACGAGCGGCUCCUGAAGUGCAGGAACUUGGCCCACCAGCGCAUGGGCGACAUCUUCAUCAGCGAGUUUGGCGAGGCGCACAAGGCUAUGCACCCUAUCAAAUACGAGACCGAGCUUACCUACGUCGUGAACCUGUGCACCAACAUGGCGACCUACCUGAAGUACUGCUUGGACCUGGCGGGGACGUUGAUUCAUGGCACGACUGAUGCUGGGCGCGAGAAGUUCACCAAAGUCAUCAUAAAGUUCGCUGGCCUCCAGCGCAUCGUGGACGACGAGACCUGGUCGGACUUGCUUGGGGCAUUUGUCGAGACCUCCAUCACCGACUCGGCCCGCGUGGAGUUGGUCCGCUCUAGCUCCGGCGACUUCAAAGACGUUGUAGGUUCGCAGGUCUAUAUUGUCUGCUCCGACAGCUUCGCGGCAGCUCGCAUGGCUGACAUCGCUCCGACCCUGAACAUAACCAUCGGCAUUGUGAGCGAGCAGGCGAUCGCGGAGGGCCAAGGUGGCGCAGCGUUCGAUGGGUUGGUCUUGGCGCCCGGGCCCCUGGAGGGCCUCUUCCCUCUCGGAGUGAGCUUUGAGGACGGCGGCGAGAAGCGUCCCUGGUGUGGCAACGACGGUGGCAAUCGGCUGCCAACGGAUAGUGCCAUCGCCUACCUGAAGAUGGUAACUAACGUCAGGGACCUCGCCUCCGUCGCAGCGGUGGCGCACAGCAACGCGUUCGUGGAGUUCAAGGACGCUGCGAAGCUGAAGGACACUGAGAUCGUGGAGUUGUUCGGCAGCGCCGUGCACGCCCAGGGCAUGUUGGCGAAGGCGCUGGUCAGGAUUGACGGCAUGAUGAUUUCGGGUGAGGUACAUAAUCUCGAAUACCAGGGCUGCACAAGCCCCGUUUCCAUCCAAUCCGCGAGGCACUGGGCGAAGUCAAUGUCUGUGUUGUCAGGUUUCUGCAGGGCCCAGCUACUGGCGCUGAUGGCGGAGGUCGUCAUGGUCGACACAAACAGCACUCAGAAGAUCUUGGCCGACUGGGGCGCCGUCGUGGACCAGCAGUCGGGCGAGCUCAACGAGAAGUUGGCGGUCAAGCAGUUCAACAACUUGGAUCAGAUCGUUGUUGCGUACAAUCGUACUCACAAGCACUUGAGUUGGCUUUCGAGGGCGGGCGCGAUGCUGCAGCUGGUUCCGACAGUCCAGCACCACGAGAUCACGUCGGAGACCGUCGCCGUGACCAUGGCGACGAAGCAGGUGAUCACCAUGACCAAGGGCAUCAAGAUGCUGAAUGCCCUGCGCCAGGACCCUUGCGGGCCCGAGCGCGCCAAGAACUUCGUGACGGAGAACAAGGGGUGCGCCGAGGAGAGCGCCUCGGUGAAGGGCAGGUCCGCGGCUGGCAGCGCCAAGUGCGGCUCCGUGCAGCAGGCGCCGCCGCCCAAGGGUGGCGCCGCGACGGGGGAGUGGCCUUCGGUUACCAAGGCCAAGCAGGAGCAGACGGUCGGGACGGGCGCCGCCGCUGGCGCGUCUGAGGGGGGCAGCAGCGGCCCCGCAGCAGCAGGGCAGCCGCCCCGCCCAGCCGCCAAGGGAAGGGGCCUGAAGCGCACGAAGAUGGAGCAGUAG